AUGUCAGUGGCCGGUGAGUUGGACUCUGUUGAUUCCAGCCCUGGUUUUCCCAAUCAGUUUUCGGAUCCGAGUGAAAGGACACUGACACCAGAAGAGAUGGAGAAACUGAAGAAUGACAGGGUAUUAAUGUCAGAAUUCAAGCAGCUGAAACUCGAAACAGAAGCUCAGAAAAACUGGGACUUGUUUUAUAAAAGGAAUACAACCAACUUUUUCAAAGACAGACAUUGGACCACCCGAGAGUUUGAUGAACUGAAAAACUGCAGAGAGCAAAAUGCAUUAUAUUGCACAGAGCAAUGCCUUGCUUUUCAGUGUGACCUCACUAAGGAUGAUCUGCCGGCUACUAUACAAGCAGAUACAGUUGAUGUAGCCACACUUAUAUUUGUUCUGUCUGCAAUACAUCCUGACAAGAUGCAACAAGCCCUAGAAAACAUAUUUAAGGUAUUAAAACAAGGAGGUAUUGUCCUAUUCAGGGACUAUGGACUGUAUGACCAUGCCAUGCUGAGAUUUAAAUCAGGCAACAAACUGGGGGAUAAUUUCUAUGUGAGGCAGGAUGGAACUCGCUCCUUUUUCUUCUCUAGAGAAUACCUGGCAAGUUUGUUCCAACAGAUAGGAGUCGAGACUCCUGUGAACGAGUAUGUGCUAAGAGAAACAGUGAAUAAAAAAGAGGGUCUGUGUGUUCCCAGAGUGUUCCUGCAGAGUAAAUUCAGAAAGCCUGUUCCCUCACAACCUCCAAGAUAA